GCCGUCCGCAGCAUCCGCGCGCGCAGAGCCAACGCCAGCAUGAGUCUCCACUACUCCCAAACCAUUCCGGCGGUUGUGCUGCUGAUAGUGGCAACAGUCGGGAUUCUGCUGCUGGUCCUUCCGGCUAAAGAGAUUGAGAUGCCUCCUGAAAACAUGUAUGGAAUCGUUCUGGAUGCAGGCUCAUCCCACACCUCCAUGUACAUCUACAAAUGGCCAGCUGACAAGCAAAACGGCACUGGGAUUGUUACCCAGCACAGCGAGUGCAACAUUGAAGGCGGAGGCAUAUCCAGCUAUGCAGGUGUUCGUGGUGGUGCAGCGAGAAGUCUGGAGGCCUGCCUGAACCAAGCCCUGAAGGAUAUCCCGAAAUUCAGGCACCACCAAACUCCAAUCUCUCUGGGAGCUACUGCAGGCAUGAGGCUCCUGAACAUAGUCAAUGCCACAGAGUCCCGGACGGUACUGAAGGAAGUGGAAAACAAACUGCGGUCUUACCCUUUCAUAGUCACAGAGGCAACCAUCCUGAGUGGACAGCAGGAGGGGGCGUAUGGCUGGGUCACAGUCAACUACUUACUUGAAAACUUUGUCAAGUAUGGUUUUGCCGGGCGUUGGCUGAAUCCGGGCAGAGACACAAUUGGAGCUUUGGAUUUAGGCGGAGCUUCGACUCAGAUUACUUUUGAGACCUCGGACAAGGUGGAGGACGAGAAUAAUGUGAUGGAGCUGAAGCUUUAUGGACAUACCUACAGACUAUACACCCAAAGCUUCCUGUGCUAUGGCCAAGACCAGUUCUUGAGGAAGCUGCUGGCUCAUCUUAUCACGACUCAAGGUGUGAAGACCCAAGUGAACCAUCCCUGUUAUCCUCAACACUUCAACAUAUCUGUCAAGCUGGGCAAGGAUGUCUUUGAUUCUCCCUGUACUAAGAGCUAUAGACCAGCCCAGUUUAACCCCCGGAUGUCUGUAUCGGUCGUGGGUACAGGAGACUACCAGAGCUGCCUGGACAACGUCAAAAAGAUGUUCUCCUUUGACAACUGCUCCUACUCCAAGUGCUCUUUUGAUGGAGUCUUCCAGCCCAGCUUGAGAGGAAGAUUCAUGGCAUUCUCUGCCUUCUUCUUCACUCACAGCUACAUCACCCGCCUCACUGACAUGCCCAUCAGGUCCCCCAGUCAACUGAAGGAGGCGAUCAAAGUCAUCUGUAGCAUGACCCUGUCUGAGAUGACUGCAAAGACAAAGCAGUCAGAGAAAUACAUGAAGAAUGUCUGCGCCGUCUCGAAUUUCAUCCAGGUCCUCUUAACAGAAGGCUACCGUUUCGAUGAGCAUUCCCUUCCUUCCAUCUCUUUUGAAAAAACGGCUGGAGGAGCAUCUGUAGGCUGGGCCUUGGGGUACAUGCUGAGUCAGAGUAAUAUGAUACCAGCAGAGAGACUUGGACUGAUGAAGGCUCUGCCCUUUGGGCCCUGGGCUGGCAUUCUCUUCCUCUUCAUCCUCCUCCUCCUCGCUGCACUGGGAUACGCACUGAUUGCUAUAAAGAAACACAAUAACUAAAGAAGGCUCGGUGUAAGAGCAAAGGUGACACACCUCGAAGUCCAAUUAAUAUUCCUCUUAGCUUUUAUUCUCUUUUGAAAAAGUAAAACAUUGCAAGAGCAUUUUUGAUUUUUUGUUGCACUUUAUUGUGUGUGUGCAUGUAAGUGAAACCAACAAAGCAGCUAAACAUGUCCUCCACAGUUUUCACAGCAAAUCCGGAGACUUCCUGCUUCCAUGUGAAGGCUCACACUGGUGUGUGUAAAAUGAAUCUACAGAAUAAAACAUAUUCUUUGUAAA